GUGUGGGCAUAGGGUUCCCAAAAGCCUGACAGGUGCUGGUGGGUGUUGGGAGAUCUCCUGACCUCCCAUUUCACACGGUUUGUGUGUUGUGCCGCUGUGCCCUGGUCUGUUUUGCUGAAGGUGGGUGAGUAGGCAUGGAAAUACCUGUGGAAGCCACAGCCAGGUGGUGGCACAGCGGGAACAUUUAGUGUCCAACAGGAGCUCUUCAAAGGCCUGUGUGACACAGUGGUGGUGUGGGCAUGGGGUUCCCAAAAGCCUGACAGGUGCUGGUGGGUGUUGGGAGAUCUCCUGACCUUCAGCCCUCCUUCCCAGGAGACUCGAAGGUCCCUGGGGGUGAGGAAGCAAACAGCAGUGUGCUGAACAAGGAGGUGGAUUCAGCCCUGGGGCACAGCUGGGUCAUGGUGACAUUGAUGAAAGGGUGUCUUGCGUAGCUCUGGCGUGGGGUGCUGAGGUUAAAUGGGGUUGGGGGGCUCAGAGAGCAUGGGACUUUUCCCUGAGGAAAAUACUUCCCUUCAGGCAUGGAGGUGUGGGGGUUGUUGUCCCAGUCAGCUUGCAAGCAGAUGCGGGACACUGGGGUUGUGUUCUGGGGGCAGGUGCAGCAGUCUUGAAAUUGUGGUGAUGGGCACUGGGCAUGGACCACCCUCUCCAUGACCACGUUGAGUUAGGUGAGCACAGCCACCUGCCAAGGCCAGGCCUUCAAAGGCCACUGCCUGGAGCAACCCGGACUACUGGAAGGUGUCCCUGCCCAUGGCAGGGACUUUGAACAAGCUGAUCUUUAUGGUCUCUUCCAACCCACACUAUUCUGGGAUUCUAUGAGUCUCCCUGCUGGGGUAGAGGUGAGGACCCACCUUGGUGCAGGCUGGGGACCCUAGUUGGAGCUGUGGCACUGUGUACAGCGGAAGUGUGAUGGCCACCACUCCACUUCAGGGUUAACAGUGAGGGAGAUGCUGACCUAGCUUUGUACUCUGGUCUGCCCUGGGCUCACUCUGGAGAUGCUCCCACGUGAGUGCCAGAGCCAGCUUCUCUGGGGAUCCAAGGUCAGGGAGCUUUGCUGUUAGCCAGGGUGAGGACUCAGGUGGGAGAGGGAGGGACACAUCCCCAGGCCCUCACCUUGUGGUGUCACACGGGGUGUGGGACAACUCCUGGAUCACCUCCACACUGUGCUGGGCCACCAGCUUGGCCACGGUGACACUGCAGCAGCAAGUGGAGGGUUUAGUGUCCCCAUCAGAGGUCCCAGCAUUGUCCCCUAGACAGGGGAGUGAUGGGGAAGUCUCCAGUUCUAAGAACAGCCUGUCAGGGAACUGGAUGGGCAUGCAGGCCCUGGAGCCUUGCAGACCCCUGGGGGAUGGAACCAGGACUCACCUGGAGCUCAUCUCUCACAGGGUGUUGAGGAGGAACGGCCAGGCUUUGUGGGGGUCAAGGAUGAUGAAGAGAUGAAGGCAGUGUCAGUUAUUGGCCACCACCAGCAGCACCAGGGGAACGAGAGCUGGGAAAAGAGAGAUACAAGGGGCAUUUUGAGGUGAAAAAAUGACUUGAUUGGUAAAAGUAACUCGUAAAAUAAGCGUGAGUGGCAAACAUGGAGCUGGCUGUAUUUAGCCAGGAAGCCAGGGAGGGAAAAUAGGUCUGAGUGCUGGUGAGGGCUGGGCACUCUGACACCCAGGCAGUGACGGCAUGUGGCGGAUGUGGGAGGAGGCCCUUGGGAGGGCUUGGCUUCCCCUCCCUGCAGUCACUGCCCUUUAACCCGGCCUGUGCUUUCACAUUCCCAGCAGAGGCUGGAGCUGCUGGCAGCUGGGGGCACCUGGGUGUUCAGGGAGCUCCUCCACUCUGUCCCUGGGGAGGCAGGUAAUCCCAGAAGAUCUUUCUUUGCCAAACCUAGGGGCUGAUGCAUCCCCUUCCCUGCUCCGGUGCCGGACUCCUGCAUUCCAGGAUCCUUUUCCCACUGAUGGGAAUGAGGGUUUCUCCUCCCCAUUCUCUCUCGGCCUCCCUUGCUGCAGGUGUGUAUCUCCAGUGGAGAGAGCCAGUAACAGGAGAGGUGUCCUGCUGGCAAUCGGUGGCUGAGCAGCGUGCUGCCCGUUAUGGCUAGUUGGUUUAGGCGGCUCCUGCACAAGCCCAAGCCCAGCUCAGUGGAAAGCCUCAAGUCCAGCCACUCUGCUUCGUCCUCGCCUUCUUCCUCCUCCUCAUCCUCUGCCAAGAGCUCCAGCUCUUCUGGCACGAGCUUGGCCACCAGCUCCAUGUCCCUGUCACCUGUGUCAGCACCGGACAUCAGCGCCUCAGACAGUCCCCGGUGGGACAAGAGCUAUGAUGUCUGCAUCUGCCACAGCGAGGGGGACGUGGAGCUGGUGGAGGAGCUGGUGUCCUACCUGGAGGGCCAGCCUGAGAGCUUCCGUUGCUUCCUCCAGCUGCGGGAUGCGGUGGCGGGAAGCGCGGUGGUGACAGAGCUGUGUGACGCCGUGCAGAACAGCCACUGCUGGGUGAUGCUGAUAACCCCAGGCUUCCUGCAGGACCCCUGGUGCAGGUACCAGAUGCACCAGGCCUUGGCUGAGGCUCCCAUGGCCAAUGGACGCACCAUCCCGGUACUGAAGGACGUGGAUCGCAAGGAUUAUCCCAGGGAGCUGCGGAACAUCUACUACAUCUACAUGGCGCUGAAGGAGAAAAGCUUCAGGCAGAUCAGAGACACUGUCAUGCGCUACCUCCAGGCACUGUGCCAGAGCUCCACAAAAAGGAUGGAGUAGUGCUGGGAGCAGGCAGGUGCAUCCCCAUGGACAUCACGGAGCUGUCGCAGCUGGAUCUGGAUGUUGGCGUGUUCCAUUGGACCUUGGAGCAGACGUGGGAGCCAAGGAUGGGGAGUUCCCCACAUCCGUAAGGGACAGCAGACUGGAGCCCACCACAUCCCGGUGGCCAAAAUCUCCUCAGCGAGGACAGCGACAUCCAUCACACAAACACUAAGCUCUGACAUCGGGUGGUUCUCGGGAUCACGAGAGCUCUUUACUGCGUUGGCAUUCUCUGUCCUGAGGGCUCCAGGACCCCUAACUAAGCUGACAAGGCGCCUGCUGGGCUGUGGGCAGGACAAGAUGAGGCAGGCAGUGACUUUGCACGGUAUCGUUGCGACUACGAAAAUGCAGAAGUUUUAACA